UAAAGAGCUUGGACACCCCUCCCUCUCCCCCCUCCGUUCACGUCAUUCAACAGGAAGGAUUCAUUAGAACCAAGGCGCCGGAUUUGGCAUUUGCCAAUUGGGUACCAGUUUGGAAGACCUCCUUACCAGGUACAUUGGCAUUGGCAUUGGCAUUGGCAUCAGGUAAGAAAGAGCCUAGGUUCUUGCGGCAGGUAGCACAGCGGGGAGGGGGGGAAGACCUUGGCCUUCCUCUUCUUUCUUCCCUUCCACUCCCUCCUUUCUCUUCUCUCAUCCUUCACACCUCCUGCUACUACUAUCAUCGUCGUCCACGUCGUCAUCAAUAUUCCCUGCCGUCACAUCCUCCAGCUCGUCGUCGAUCGCGUAACUCUGCAUCUUUCCUUGCCCACCCCACACAACAGCUCUUGAUCCCGCAGCUCUGCCCGAUUACCUCGAUAUCGCACGUAAGCGCCCGCCAUGAAGCUCGCCGUCUUCAGCGCCAAGGCCUACGACAAAAAGUACAUUUCCGCCGCGCACGAGGCCAAGAAAGAAGAAUUCAAAAAGCACAAUGCGAACCUCGCCGGCGACACCACCGACUUCGGCAUCAUCUUUCAUGACUUCUCCCUUUCCUCCGAGACCGUCUCCCUCGUCAAGGAUGUUGACGCCGUAUGCGUCUUUGUAAACGACUCCCUCACCGCCGAUGUUGUCGAGAGCCUGCACAAGGCCGGCUGCAAGGCCAUUCUGCUGCGCUGCGCCGGCUUCAACAAUGUCGACCUUAAGACCGCCGAGAAGCUGGGCAUCUUCGUCGCCAAUGUCCCCUCAUACUCUCCCGAGGCUGUCGCCGAGUUCGCCGUCGCCCUGCUGCAGUCCCUCAACCGCCGCACCCAUCGAGCCUAUAACCGGACCCGCGAAGGUAACUUCAACCUCGAUGGUCUGCUGGGCAAAACCGUAUAUGGCAAGACGGUCGGCAUCAUCGGCACUGGGCGGAUUGGUGUGUCUAUGGCCCGCAUCAUGAAGGGCUUCGGCUGCACCCUCUACGCCUUUGACCCCUUCCAGUCGGACGCUUUCAAAGAGCUCGGCGAAUAUCUGCCUUUGGAGGAGCUCCUGCCCAAGUGCGACUUCAUCAGCCUGCACUGCCCCCUGAUGGACAAGACGAAGCACAUCAUCAACGAGAAGACGCUCAAGCAGAUGAAGCCGGGUUCAAUCCUUGUCAACACAUCUCGCGGCGGUCUGGUCGACACUAAGGCUGUUAUCCACGCCCUCAAGACUAAGCACCUUGGUGGUCUGGCCCUUGAUGUUUACGAAGGCGAGGGCGAUCUGUUCUACAACGACCACUCGAGUCACAUCAUUGAUGAUGACCUGCUUACCCGCCUCAUGACCUUCCCCAACGUCCUCAUCUGCGGACACCAGGGAUUCUUCACCGAGGAGGCCCUGCAGGAGAUCUCUGAGUGCACCUUUCGGAAUCUUGAGGAUUUCAUGCUCGGCCGCAAGUGUUCUAACUCUCUAGUCAAGGAAGAGUCCACUAUGUCGCAUAGAGAGUCACUCCCAGUCCGCAUUGUCUGAGGAGUAUGUUGUUGCACGGCAGCAAUCGGUGAACGGUACACCGGCCGGUUGAUGAAUACCCUACUUUCCCCUCGAAGAACUAGCUAGUUACGCAUCACGACUUAUGAAUAGACGAUUGAAUCACUGCAUCUCAUCACGCUCGGCCCUUCAUUCCACUUGACUCUUCAAAAUUGCGCCACUUGUGAACUCGUAA